AUGCCAUUCUCUGGGCUGCAGCGUCAGCGUGUGCUGCGUGGCAGAGCUGCAGCCAGUUCCUACAGGAGCGGUCGGCACUGUCAGACAGCAUCAACGUGUGGCUGGUCUGGCAGUGAGGAUGGACUUGGUCUCUUUGGUCUCCGAGUUCCCUGGUCAGAGCCAAAUUUUGUGUCAUCUUAUGACAUUGGGAACUUUACCUACUUCUUCUUCCGGGAAAAUGCGAUAGAACAUGACUGUGGGAAGACAGUCUUCUCUCGUGCUGCUCGGGUGUGCAAAAAUGAUAUUGGUGGCAAGUUCGUGCUGGAGGAUACCUGGACAACCUUUAUGAAAGCUAGGCUGAACUGCUCUCGCCCUGGAGAAAUUCCAUUUUACUAUAAUGAACUACAGAGCACUUUCUUCCUGCCAGAAUUGGACUUGAUCUAUGGGAUUUUUACCACUAAUGUGAACAGCAUAGCAGCCUCAGCAGUUUGUGUUUUCAACCUGAGUGCCAUAACUCAGGCCUUUAAUGGACCCUUCAAAUACCAGGAAAACUCUCGCUCUGCUUGGCUUCCAUAUCCCAAUCCUAACCCUAAUUUUCAGUGUGGCACCGUGGACCAGGGUUUGUAUGUAAAUCUGACUGAGAGAAAUCUUCAAGAUGCUCAAAAAUUCUUCUUAAUGCAUGAAGUUGUUCAACCAGUUAUUCCAAUUCCUUACUUCAUGGAAGACAACAGCCGAUUUUCCCAUGUCGUUGUGGACGUUGUGCAGGGCAAGGACAUGCUUUUCCAUAUCAUCUAUCUUGCAACAGACUAUGGCACUGUUAAGAAAGUACUUGCUCCAAUGAACCAGACUUCAAGCAGCUGCCUGCUUGAGGAAAUUGAACUCCUGCCGAAAAGUCAGCGAGAGCCCAUCAGGAGCCUUCAGAUCCUGCACAGCCAGAGUGUCCUUUUUGUGGGCCUUCAGGAACAUGUGAUUAAGGUUCCCCUGAAGAGAUGUCUCUUUUACAAAACAUACAGUGCAUGCAUUGGAUCCCAAGACCCUUAUUGCGGCUGGGACAUGGUGAUGAAGAAGUGCACAACGCUGGAAGAAAGUCUGAGCAUGAGUCAAUGGGAGCAAAGCAUUACUGUGUGUCCAAUGAGGAAUCUGACAGUGGAUGGGCAUUUUGGAACAUGGUCGCAGUGGAAACCUUGCACCCAUACUGAUGGUGCCAGUGUUGGCUCCUGCCUCUGCAGGACACGUGUGUGUGACAAUCCUGCUCCUCAGUGUGGAGGCUGGCUGUGUGAAGGACCAACCAUGGAGAUUGCCAAUUGUUCCAGAAAUGGAGGCUGGACACCAUGGACUUCUUGGUCACCUUGUAGUACCACUUGUGGAAUAGGCUUUCAAGUUCGUCAGCGUUCCUGCAGCAAUCCAACCCCUCGACAUGGAGGACGUGUCUGUGUGGGACAGAAUCGUGAGGAGAGGUACUGCAAUGAGCAUUUGUUGUGCCCCCCUCAUGUGUUUUGGACAGGCUGGGGUCCAUGGGAGCGCUGCACUGCUCAGUGCGGAGGAGGGAUCCAGGCACGGCGCAGAACCUGUGAAAAUGGUCCUGAUUGUCCUGGCUGCAGCGUGGAAUAUCAGCCUUGUAAUACCAACGCCUGUCCAGAGUUAAAAAAGACAACUCCUUGGACACCUUGGACCCCAGUCAAUAUUUCAGACAACGGUGGCCACUACGAACAACGUUUCCGAUACACCUGCAAAGCGCGCUUGCCUGACCCAAAUUUGCUAGAGGUGGGAAGGCAAAGGAUUGAAAUGCGUUAUUGUUCCAGUGAUGGCACCAGCGGAUGCUCGACAGAUGGACUGUCAGGGGAUUUCUUGCGUUCUGGACGAUACUCUGCUCAUACCAUCAAUGGGGCCUGGUCACCCUGGUCUCCGUGGUCUCAGUGUAGCCGUGACUGCAGUAGAGGUAUACGGAAUCGCAAACGGGUCUGCAGCAAUCCUGAGCCCAAGUACGGGGGACUUCCUUGCCUCGGCCCAUCUCUAGAGUACCAGGAAUGCAACAUUUUGCCUUGUCCAGUGGAUGGAGGCUGGUCUUGUUGGUCAUCUUGGUCAAAGUGCUCAGCAACUUGUGGAGGAGGGCAUUACAUGAGAACCCGCUCCUGCACAAACCCAGCACCAGCAUAUGGAGGAGAUAUCUGCCUUGGACUGCACACUGAAGAAGCGCUCUGCAACACACAGCCGUGUCCAGACAGCUGGUCCGAGUGGUCUGAGUGGUCCGACUGCGACUCGUCUGGCUUCCAGUUCCGUGUUCGUCAGUGCAUCAUUUUGUUUCCAGUGGGCAGCCAGUGCACGGGCAACACCACGGAGAGCCGAGCCUGUGCUGUGGACUCCAACUUUAUACCAGAAAUAUCAGUGGCACGAUCCAGCAGCGUAGAAGAAAAACGAUGUGGCGAGUUCAACAUGUUUCACAUGAUCGCAGUGGGAUUAAGUAGCUCAAUACUUGGUUGCCUUCUUACCCUGCUUGUUUACACUUAUUGCCAACGAUAUCAACAACAGUCACAUGAUGCAACUGUCAUCCAUCCCGUGUCACCAGCUCCUCUAAAUACCAGCAUUACCAACCAUAUCAACAAACUGGACAAAUAUGAUUCUGUAGAAGCCAUCAAGGCAUUUAACAAAAACAACCUGAUUCUGGAGGAGAGAAACAAAUACUUCAAUCCACAUCUUACUGCAAAGACUUAUUCUAAUACCUAUUUUACAGAUUUCAAUAAUUAUGAUGAGUACUAA